CUGCACCCUCUGUACCUAACCACAAGCGACGUCGUCUCCUCCAGAGAGCAACAACCCACAACCCCUAACUCGUUCGCUUCCAUCAUCUUCACUUAACUUCCAGGUCCUAUUGAAGAAUGCGAAUACAUAUUGACCACACGACAUCCAAUUCGACCCUACAACCCCACCACAUACAUGAUAUGUGUUCUGGUGGGACCCCAGUCAACGACUGACGACGUCGUGCUCAGCCGUGUUCCGGGUUUGCCGCCUCUGUUUGAGCAGCACCAUGAGCGCUGCUACCGUGACAACCUCUCUGGACGCUUGUCCCACGAUGUGCGGACAUCGGCCGCAUAUCAAGCAGAGAGUGUCUUGGCACAGGUCGAUGAUUAUUCCCUCGUCCCCUACGCCGGUGUGGCUACCGCCUAA